AUGGCUGAAGGAGUUUUAUACGAACUUGCAGGCAGAGUCAUUGAAGUGUUGACAGCUUUAACUCUCCACGAGAUUCAGUUGUCCUUGGGUGUCAAAGCUGAGCUUGAAAAUCUAACGAAUACGGUUUCCACCAUCCAAGCUGUGAUUCUAGAUGCAGAAAAGCGGAGUUCUCAUAACCUUGAGAUCAAAGACUGGCUUAGAAAGCUCAAAGAUGUCAUCCUUGAUGCAGAUGACUUGUUAGAUGACUUCUCCACUGAAGUUUUGCGGCACGAAGUGAUGGUUGGAGAUGUGAUGCCAAAGGAGGUAUGUAUUUUCUCUUCAAGUUCAAACCAGCUUGUUUUUAGUCCUAAGAUGGGUCAUAAAAUAAAGGCCAUUAGGGAGAAAUUAAAUGGCAUUGCAGAUGAUAGGACCAAGUUCCACUUUAUGGAAAGCCCCAUUGAGCCUCAAAUGAUUAAUAGGGAAAGAGAAACUUAUUCUUUUGUACCAGAAGAAGAAGUUGUUGGGAGAGAAGAUGACAAAAAUGCAAUUGUAGAAUGUCUUUUGGAUAAUACUGUUGUAGAAAAUGUUUCAAUUAUUUCGAUAGUUGGAAUGGCUGGGUUAGGUAAGACCACACUAGCUCAACUCAUUUACAAUGAUAAGAUUGUUAAUAAAACUUUUGAGUUGAAACUUUGGAUUUGUGUCUCUAGUAACUUUGAUGUAAAACAAAUUGUUAAAGCAAUUUUAGAACAUUUGAUUGAUGAGAAGCUUAAAGAAAGCCUUGAAAUCUUGCAAACACAACUUCGAGAAAAACUUAAUGGAAAAAAAUAUUUGCUUGUCUUGGAUGAUUUGUGGAAUGAGGAUAAUAAUAAAUGGUUUCUCUUGAAAAAUUUGUUAAUGGUUGGUGCAAGGGGAAGUAGGAUAAUAGUAACUACACGCUCUGAAAAGGUAGCAAUGAUAAUAGGCACAACUUCAUGUUAUCCUCUAAAAGGCCUGACUAAGAGAAAGGCUUGGAGUUUAUUUGUAAAAAUAGCAUUUGAACAAGGCCAAGAACCAGAGAACCAAGCCCUUGUAAGCCUAGGAGAGGAGGUUAUGAAUAAUUGUGCUGGGGUACCUCUUGUUAUAAGAACAAUAGCAAGCUUACUACGAUCCAAGACUUCGGAAAAUGAGUGGCUGUCUUUUAAAAAUUAUGAACUCUCAAAAAUAGGUCAAGAAGAAAAUGAUAUCUCAUCAACACUUAAGUUGAGUUAUGAUCAUCUACCCCCAUACUUAAAGCAAUGCUUUGCUUAUUGUAGUUUAUUUCCCAAAGAUUACAAGAUUCAAGUAAAGAUGCUAAUUGAUCUUUGGGCAGCACAAGAUUUUAUUAAAUUAUCAGAUCCAAAGCAACGUGUGGAGGAUGUUGGUAGAGAGUACUUUAUGGUGUUACUUUGGAGGUCAUUUUUCCAAGAUAUAGGAAAAGAUGAACAUGGCAAUAUUAUAUGGUGCAAAAUGCAUAAUCUCAUGCAUGAUCUUGCAACUUUGGUGUCUGGGAUGGAAAGUGUAGUAUUAAAUUCAAGUGGGAACAUUGGUGAAAAAGUUCGUCAUCUAUCAUUUAAUCAUAUGGAUCCAAUCACCAAGCUUAAUGGAAGGAAGAUGCGAACAGUUCUUGCAUCUAGUGUUGGGGGAAAUUUGGGUAAUUUAACUUGUAAUGCACUUGUUUCAAAUCUUAAGUAUCUGCGCACGUUGGAUUUAAGCAAUUUAUGA